AUGACGUUAGAGUCAUUGUCUCUACCUCAUCCGAACGCCCUGCAAAGCUGUUUAAGGGUGGCGGGGAGUGAAGCUGGAAGAAACCCAGUUCCCAAAAUCUCGAAACUUCCACUAGGUCGUUCCAAAAUCAAGUCUUUAGCUGUGAGGAUGAGCUCGGGUACUUCUAAUGGCGGGAUAGGGAAGAAGAACCCACAUGGGAUAGGAGAGAACGAUGGCGUGAUCAUCGUCGACCAUGGGUCGCGGCGGAAAGAAUCUAAUCUCAUGCUAAAUGAGUUCGUUGCUAUGUUCAAGGAUAAAACAGGAUACCCAAUUGCGGAGCCGGCUCACAUGGAGCUGGCGGAUCCAUCGAUCAAAGACGCGUUUGACAUUUGCGUUCAACAAGGUGCGAAACGUGCUGUUGUCAGCCCAUUCUUCCUUUUCCCAGGACGCCAUUGGCACUAG